AGAUUUGUGUUUGGGGCCAUCUGAAGGAAGCACGGACUCAGCAGCAACAGGGUUUGGAGAGUCAAAUGAGACAGUGGGGUUCUUGAGGAGCCAGAAUCAAGAACCCAAGUUGUCUCUUGCCCCUCUCCAAAGGAUCACUGUCCGGUCUGUUACUUAAACGAGUUAAAACUCGUUCUUGAUUUUCGCCUGACCCCCGUGUUCUUUGCCAACUCGUAGCUCCUUGCAUACCCCCACCACCCCCCCCCCCCCCCCAUACAAUCCUUGCAGUUUGAUUGUAUCUGGCCGCUGUCGAUUCCGCUGCUCUGGAUCCAUCCAAUGGCUCACACGGCUGUAUCUCAGGUUUCUGUUGCUGUUCCUGUUGGUAGCGAUUCAUCUAUCAGAAGAUCGGUGUUUAAGGCACAUACUCUCAGUUUCUGUGGUACAUUACGGGCACCUGUAUUGACAUUGGACUUGAGUACCAAGAAUGCAAGAUCCAAACAGGGGUACACAAUAUGCAUGUCGGUGCAGCAAGCAAAUGCACCAAAAGUUGCUGUCUCUCCAUUGCAACUUGAGGAUGCCAAAGAGCCUCCAUUAAAUACAUUCAAGCCAAAGGGACCUUAUACGGCAACCAUUGUUUCUGUUGAGAGGCUUGUAGCCCCAAAAUCACCUGGUGAGGUUUGUCAUGUUGUUAUUGAUCAUGGCGGCAACGUCCCCUACUGGGAAGGACAGAGCUAUGGUGUAAUUCCUCCUGGUGAAAAUCCGAAGAAACCAGGGAGCCCUCACAACGUUCGUCUUUACUCGAUUGCAUCUACCAGGUAUGGUGACUCUUUCGAUGGUAGAACAGCCAGCUUGUGUGUUCGCCGAGCUCUCUAUUUUGAUCCCGAGACAGGGAAGGAGGAUCCUUCUAAAAGUGGAGUGUGCAGCAACUUUCUUUGCAAUUCAAAGCCUGGAGAUAAAGUUCAAAUCACAGGUCCUUCUGGGAAGAUCAUGCUUUUGCCUGAAGACGACCCAAACGCCACUCACAUAAUGAUCGCGACCGGUACCGGCAUCGCCCCAUUCCGAGGCUACCUUCGGCGCAUGUUCAUGGAAUCUGUCCCCACGUACAAGUUUGGGGGCCUUGCCUGGCUCUUUCUUGGCGUGGCCAACUCAGACAGCCUGCUCUAUGACGACGAGUUCUCCAAGUACCUCCGAGAUUACCCGGACAACUUCCGGUAUGACACAGCGCUGAGCAGGGAGCAGAAGAAUAAGAAGGGGGGCAAGAUGUAUGUCCAGGACAAGAUCGAGGAGUACAGCGACGAAAUCUUCAAGCUCCUGGACGGAGGGGCUCACAUCUACUUCUGUGGGCUGAAGGGAAUGAUGCCGGGUAUCCAGGAGACCCUGAAGAGAGUCGCGGAGGAGAGGGGCAUGAGCUGGGAAGAGAAGCUGUCGCAGCUCAAGAAGAACAAGCAGUGGCAUGUCGAAGUCUACUAGAACUGGAGUCUCUGCUCUUGCGUAACGGUUAAAUUCAGCUGCGUCAGUUCUGUUGAUCACUGGUUAGUGGUGUCAUCUACCAUCUGUUACCUGAUUGAUUAGGAUUUGAUUAAGAGAACCAGGUAUUCAGAGACAGAUCUGUAUCGCCGAAUAAUAAACCCAAAUUAUCACUGUCAUUCCCAUUAUUGCCAGAAGUUAGGAGGCCUUAUUUGCUGUCUGGUAAGUUAA